GCCCGGCUGAGCUCUCCAACUCGCCUCUCCGGUUUAGUUUGCUAUUAACUUCCCUCCCCACCCCUUUUUGGGUGCUGCUGGCGACUCCUCUGCAGCUGGGAGCAGCCAGCUGUUGGCGAGGGGGGAGGGAAGGGGGGGUGGCCUCGGGCGCAGAAGGCGGCGCAGGGUCCGGGGCGCGCGCAGACACUCUCUCUUUUUGCAAAGGGGGGGUUGCACGGUCUGCUGGCUGCUGGUCGGGGGCGAUCUGCGAGUGCCGACGGUGGCUUUCUGUUUUGUUUUCGGUUCUUUUUUUUUCUCUCUCUCUCCUUCUCUUUGCUGGCUUCCUGCCCCGCGCUGCCCUUGAAGAGUAAGCAGGAAGAAGAACAAGAAACUUUCGCAGGACGCACAACAGAGCGGCGAUGGCGCAGUUCCCACGGGCAGGUUGGCUGCUCGCCGCAGCCCUGGCUGUGACCCUCCGCACCGCCCUAGCCGGGGUACCUAUCAUCCGCCUCAGUGCCCAGGAUGGUCCUUUUCUCGAGGACAGCAACGUGACUAUGGAGUGCCUGACAGAUGAAGAAGGCGAGGAUUUGAGCGAAUUCUUCUUCCAGAAAUACAGCAAGUGGCUACACGCAUGGAUCACUCUGGACUCCGAGAGCCAGCUGCGCUGCUGGUUUUACGACGUCACCGUGAGCCACGAAGACGGGCGCCUCCUCCUGAACAUCGCCAACCUGCAGGCUUGGCACACCGGGCCCUACCGCUGUGCCAGCAACAACGCCACUGGCAAUGCUUCCGUCUCCGAGGCUCAGGACCUGCAGGUGGAAUAUCUCCACAACGUCUUCCUGUCUCAAUCAAAUACUUGGUGUGGGACCAUGGGGGAGACUCUCACCAUGGCUGAAGGCGCCAACCUGGAACUUCUCUGUUCUGCAGACGCCUCCAAGGACCCGAUCUACGAAUGGAGCCGGGAGGGGGACGACUGGAUUGUGGUGUCAAGUUCCUUGACUCUCCCCAAGGUGAGCCGGGAGCAAGCGGGAACCUACACCUGCAAGGCCCAGCAUCCCGACUUGCCCCAGCUGACCAAAAGCAAGUCGGUUCAGCUGUUUGUGAAGAGCAGUGAGCGUUUUUUUACGCUUGAGUCCGUGCUGCCGCAAAGCACCCCGAUGCUGGCCCUGGCAGUGGCCGUGCCGGCUGCGCUGUUACUCCUGGUGGUGCUGGGGUUUGCCGUCUUGAUCCCCCGCUAUCGGGCCGCGGCCAAGAAGAAAGGAGUCCCGGAAGAUUCCGGCCAGCGUACACCCAUCUACAAAGGCAGCCUGGAAUCUGUGCCUUCAGUGGUGGUGGGGGAUACCCACCCCCUCGUGAUGUAAACAAGGUCCACAGGGUGAAACAGGGAUGCUUUUUUCUCUCGUUUUGCAUCACUUUCAAGAUCCAGGUUCUUAAAAACAAGUGUGCCUUCUUCUUUUCAAGUGUGCCUGCAGUCUGAUUAGAAGAGGCAAGAACAGAGCUCUCGGGGUCAAAUGUGGGGGAGAGGGGGCUGAGGUUGGGGGGUGGGGGGUGGGAGUGGGGGAUUAGAUGUUAUUUGCCUGCAGUAGCAGCUUCACUUUGCAGGGGGGGGGGGAUUAUUUUCUGCACACAGAACUUCUUUUCGAUGGGCCCUGUCCUCACAAGUAUUAACCUAUUCCUGUUCAGAUCUGCACGACUUCUCUCUUUUUUUUUAAGUGUUUACUUUGUGCACUAUUGCAGCAAAGAACCAAAAAACCCAAGGGGGGGGAGAGCGCUGCGGGAGAGUUUUGCCAAAAGAAAAGUAAAACCUUUACACUGGAA